AACUGAUCUGCCGAUGCCGGGAUGUUCAAAAGAAGAAAACAAGAAAGUGAAGAACAAGAUGAGGACGAUGACGAGGAAGAUGAUGAAGACGAGGCUGACAGCAGAGGAAGCUCUCUGACGCGCGCCGUUUCUUUCCUCAGCAAUUUUAUGUCAGGAUUUCUUCAAACUUUGGGUUGUUUUAGAAGAGUCGAGAUGCUGAAUGUCCCGUCUCAGUCCUUCCCCGCUGUUGGCUCCCAACAACGUGUGGCACCAUCAGGACAGUCUCGGAAUAAGGUGGCCUUGAAGCCAGGCCACAGUCUGAUGGAUUGGAUCAGACUGACCAAAAGUGGCCGUGACAUGACAGGGCUAAGGGGCCGUCUUAUUGAUGUCACAGAGGAGGAGUUACGGAAACACAACAAAAAGAAUGACUGCUGGACAUGCAUCAGAGGUAUGGUGUAUAAUAUCACCGCAUACAUGGACUUCCAUCCUGGAGGUGAGGAGGAGCUGAUGCGGGCGGCGGGUAUCGACGGCACUGACCUGUUUGACCAGGUGCACCGCUGGGUGAACUAUGAGUCGAUGCUGAAGGAGUGUCUGGUGGGCAGGAUGGCCACUAAGGUCAGCGUUGGAAUCAAAGCUCCGUCCACGAAGGAGGAAAAGACCCAAGUAAAUGGUCUGGCUCCACCACCUUCUCCUGCUCCUCCUCCUCCAUUUCCCACUGCUGCGCCUCCUCCAUUUCCCACUGCUGCGCCUCCUCCACCCAAAGACACGAGGCCUCGGUACGACUGGUUUCAGACAGACACCACGGUUAAUAUUGUGGUCUACACCAAGAGAAAGAUUCCUGCGUCCGGCAGUGCCGUUGUAGACCUGAUAAAUGGUGCUCUACGGAUUGAGGUUGUUCUGGGAAAGAUGUCUUAUCUCCUGCAUUGGCGUCUCCCACAAGAAGUGGAGGAGCGUGUUGGCAUUCACACAGCCAGUGCGGUGGGGAAGAUUCAGGUGGUGUUGUGGAAGAAGGACAAGGCUAAGUGGUCAGAGCUGGGGGAACAUCUGGACGCCCAUAAUACCUUUGAGCGCCAAAAAGACCGCGAGAUCCGCUACCGCAAGUGUGUGCUCCUCGCCAAGACGGAGGUGACGCACGACACCAGGCUCUUCUGUUUACAGCUGCCCCCUGGGACACACAUGCAGGUGCCCGUGGGCAGACACGUCUACCUCCGUGCCUCGGUCCAAGACAGUGAUGUGGUGAAGCCCUACACCCCAGUGGACCACACCCUGCUGCCUGACUGCCCAGCCGCCGAGGGAGACAGCGCUCACAGGCUCUUCCUCAUGAUCAAGGUGUACCCAGAUGGCCUGCUCAGCUCCCAUGUGGACGGCCUCAGAAUAGGUGACGCCCUGGCGGUGAGCAGCCCUGAGGGUCCCUUCAGCCUGCGCGUCCUGCGUGGCAUCACCCAUCUGUACCUGCUGGCGGCGGGCACGGGCUUCACUCCCAUGGCACGACUCAUCCACGCGGCCCUGACCGACCUGCCCACACUCAGGAAAACCCAGCUGAUGUUUUUCAACCGUCAGGAGAGAGACAUCCUCUGGCACUCGCUAUUAGACCAACUGGCUGCCGAAGACCCCAGGUUCGAGGUGGAGUAUGUGCUCUCGGAUCCCUCUGAUUCGUGGACAGGGCGGAGAGGGCGUGUCCAGGCCUCCAUGCUCACUGACUUCCUGGUUCGUCCCGAGGGCUCCAAAUGCCUGGUCUGUGUGUGUGGACCCACAGCCUUCACUGAUCUAGCGCUGGGGUUGAUAAAAGACCUGGGCUUCAGUGACGAAGAAAUCCAUGCCUUCCAGGGCUGAGACAUGAUUUGUCUACAUCCUUCUGUGUGUGUGUGUGUGUUUGUUUUUGUUUUUUGGACUAUGCACAAAACGGUGAAAUGGAGCUUCACACAGCAACAUAGCAUCUGCUACUUCAGUCUCGACGUCUUUCUCCAAAUCACAGACUUCCACAGCCCAGCAAUCAAGAGGCACGAGAGAGAGAAAGAGAGAAAGACCUUUGAAGAGGGUAGAAACAGCAGAAAGAAAGAAAGAAAGAAAAAGCUCUCAACCCCAUGACAACUAGGGAGCUCCUCUUUCUCUAUGUCUGUCUGUCUGUCUGUGGUUAGCAUUCUCCUACAGCACUGCGCUGCCUCCCCUCCUGCCUGCUCCAGUCUCCUCCUCAAAGAUUCACACGUUGACACAUAUAUGAUUGUACAUAUUUAUUGCAUUCUAUUUUGCCAUCUU